AUGGGUGUAAAACGAAUAAUACUUUGGAAAUUUAUUAUCAACCUUUUAAAAACUGAAAACAAAGCAAUUGAAUGGAAAAAUAAAUCUAUGGGAAUAUUUGUGAUCACCGAUGGAGAUUUGCUGGCAUAUUGGUGGGGACAAUGUAAACAAAACCCUUCCAUGAACGAACAAAAACUUUUGAGGGCUCUCAGAACAUACUACAAAUAUCCAAAAAUUCUUAAAAAAGUACCUCAUUCGAGAAAUACCUACAUGUUCCUAAAUCAAAAAACAGAACAAAUCCGAACACAUAAGUCACCGGAGCAGACUAAAGAGAUAACCAUCCCCAAUAUAUCGUAUCCCCAAUACACUAUUCAGAAAGACAAAAUCCAGCCACAAAUCUUGUUGUGCAUGUCUGUUUCUACUGUAUCAAGAGAAGCAAAUCCUACGGGCCUUCCUGCUGGAGAUUUAAACAAAAGUGAUGUGGCGGGCGCAGGACAACUGGCUCUAGGGCUGGACGAAGUCACAAGAGAAACUAUUCCUGAUCCUGCAGGUUCUGGGAAUAUGCCAACAAACCUGCACUCUCUCAACGCGAUCAUAAGUGAAGCCAAUUGCUCCUCUGAAAGUGCAUGGGUGUCCGAAAUUGUGCGAGUCACAAAGCAACGGUUGCGCAGGAUCCCAAGAGGCGGGUGGAAAGCUAUCGUUGGGAAGUUCAACUCCAAAUUCUCUAAAGAUCUGAAUGUUGGUCAAGUCAAAUCAAUGCUGAAGCCCCGGAAGUAUGACAAAAGAGCUGAAGUUGAAGAAGUUGACCAAUCUAUAUUUUCGAAGAUUGAUGUAUCUAUGUUCGGGAAGUGUCUGAGAACAAGAACAGGCUCUGACUGGAAGGAGAAAAUCCACAAGGAAGUAUCCAACUUGCAGGCCAGAUUAAAUCUUGUCAAUCUCUAUGCGAAACAAGAAUUACCUAAUGCCGACAAGAAGGAGCUAUUUGACACUCUCUGUGCGUAUGGGUAUAAGAAAUCGAAAAAGGGGGAACUGGUGAGAAUUAGAUUGGCCAUACAAGAUAUGAUUCGAAUAAAAGAAAAGAAGAUAUUGAUGCAUAAAUCCAGGACCGAAUUUCGAAAGGACAACUGGUGCUUCGAGUUGAAUCGGAAAAGAUUUUAUAGGCAAGUAUCAGGAGAUAAGAUGCUCGCUGAGUUUGAGUUCAGUGACAAUGAUUGCUUGUCCUUCUCGAAGCAGGUCUGGUCCAAGAAGAACCCUCCUAAGCCAGCUGGGUUCGUGAACAGGAGGGUCACCGGUAUCGAGAGUGCACCCUCGGAGUUAACUGAGGAAUUCAUUAAACAGACAAUUAAGUGGUCCAACGACUGGAAGACAUGUGGAUGCGAUGGAGUGUAUAAUUUCUUCAUCAAAAGAUUUGACUCACUACAUGGAUACCUGUGUCGGGAAGUGAACAGAAUAGUUAAUAAGGAACACAUCCCUGAAGACUGGUUCUAUACGGGCGUCACUUACAUGAUUCCGAAAAAAGAAGUUUGUGAAAAUCCCCGUGAUUUGCGCCCAAUAACGUGCAUGCCUGCUCUCUAUAAACUUGUGACAAAAUGUGUAAACAUCAAACUCUCUGAUUAUGUGGAUGCGUUCGGCUUGGUCUCUGAAAAUCAAUUGGGAACGAGGAGACAAUGUCAGGGUGCUAAGGAACAAGCCCUUAUCAAUCAGUGCAUAAAUCGAGAAUAUGGCAAUAAUCUCUGUGCAUCAUGGGUGGAUGUUAAGAAAGCCUUCGAUUCGGUGGAUCACGAAUUCCUGUUUUAUGUGUUGGACUGCUCGGGAAUUCCUUUAUGGAUAACCAACUUUAUUAAAAGCCUGGUGGAGAGGUGGACAGUUUGCCUUCAUUUUGGGAAAAAGAGAAUUGGGGCUGUUAAAUUGAAUUGUGGAAUUCUACAGGGAGACGCCUUAUCCCCGCAAUUGUUCGUACUGGUAAUGGAUCCACUGAGCAGAAUACUUAAUUCCAAAUUUCCCAAGCUGUGGAUUGAUCAGGAAGACCCCAGUAUGCUGGUAUACUCUACGAACCACCUAUUUUUUGUUGACGACUUAAAGAUUCUUGCACAGAAAGAAGAAACUGUCAUUAAAAUGAUGGAUACUAUUGUUGAGUACUUUGAAGUUGCGGGGCUUGAAAUGAACUCUCAGAAGUCCGCGACUAAUCUAGAAUCAUUGGAGGGCUGCAGAACUCUGGAUGGAAUCGAAGGCUAUCGAUACCUGGGAGUGCUUGAAGACCGGGGAAGCAAUGUACAAAAACAAAAAGUGUUGGAGACAAUCCUCGAGAAUGUUAAAAAAAGAGUUACUGGAUUAGCAAAGACAAAACUAAACUCAGCGAACCUCUUCAAAGCAAUCAACGAGUAUGCCCUGUCUUUAUAUAAUUACUACAUUGGGCUAAUCAAUAUUGAACCUUUCGAAUUCGACGAUAUUGAUCUCGAAAUACGAAGAUUAUUUACAACACUGAAAAUACACCUGAAGCCAGCCAAUAAAGAGCGGCUAUACCUCUCAAGAAAGUGCAUGGGAAGGGGGUUGACAUCAAUUGCGUUUAAAAGUGAACUAAUGCUGCUUCAUUUUCUGGAAACCUUGGAGAAGAAGUCGGCUAUCUGUCCUAGGAGGUCGGGGAUCCUGCGGGUUAUUAAAAAAGAAAAACCGCAUAUGGCGACAAUCGCAGGAUUUCUUGCCUCUAAAUACGGAUUGACUGAUAAACAAUCUAUCACUGACAAAUCCCUGAGAGAGGCUCAUGUACAAUAUUUGUCCAACAAAAUAAAGAACAAGUCACUCCAUUCAGUCCUGUUCAGGUUUAAAGAAGACUCUAACUCCGACCUCAAAAUGUCUAGCGAGUGGCUGUACAAAGGGAACAAUACACCAAGGAGUGAAGCUUUGUAUUGCCUCUUGCAAGAUAGAAAUUUGUUUUUUUCUUCUGCGCGUGGUGCGCUGUGUGAUCAUUGCAAAAAAGCUAAGAAGACAGUAGACCACAUGGCUACACGGUGCAACAGAAUGCUAAACAGUGACUAUGUGAGAAGGCACAAUGAGGUUGUGAGAUGCAUCCAUUUGCACGUAUGCAGACAGUUUGGAAUAAAGAAAACUGGGAAACUAAAGUCUCACUCAGUACAAUCUAGUUUAUCGACUCGAAAUGUUGAGAUAAGAGUAGAUACGCCAAUAUUGACUGAUACGCAAGUUCAGUUCAAUAAGCCAGAUAUCUUUAUCUAUGACAGAUUGAAGAAUGAGAUCACCAUAAUUGAGGUGGGGAUUACAUCGCAGGAGAGACUCAAACAAACCGAAGUUGAGAAACUGCAUAAAUACGAUUUGCUGGCUGGAGAACUAAAGAUGCUUUACGGGGCCAGUCCGAAUUAUUCCGAUUGUGCUGACGUGGGACGGGGUGGUUUCAACGUGUUACAAAGCCUAUAUGGAGAAGUUAUCCGUUGA